AUGGCAAUAAAUUCUUGGCUUCUGGCUAAUCAUCUUGGUAAACAAAAUGUGAAUUGGGAAAAUUCACGAUUGUGUGAAUUUAAAACAGAAAUAGCUCGUACUUUAUUAAAAGGAUCCGUAGCUUUACAACGACCACCAUUAAUACCUAUACAAAAGCGUCAACAUUCAGGCUCAGAUACUGAUGAAAAUAAUCGAUCUAAAUCAAAUAGAAAAAAACGAGAAUCAACUAGAACUAUACCGCGUAUAUCACGAUAUGAUGUCUCAUCUGUUACUUGUAAUACAAAUUUUCCAAUAAACCAACAAUUAUCUACACCCACAAUAGCGGGUACUCAAAAUUAUACUUAUUAUUCAUUUCUUUAUGCAAUUCCAGCUGGUUCAUAUAAUCAAGGAGCAAUAUCAAUAUCUUUAUUGAGUAGUGCCGGAACAAUAAAUAUUGAUGAUUUUUCUGUCAUAUCCGUUGCAACUGGAGUAGAACUAUUAUCUAAUAGAGGAUUUGAAACAGGUUCAUUAGCACCCAACUGGUUACAAUGUAAUGUAAUUCCAACAAGUGCUGGAAUUCAGUCGAGUUGUGAUCGAACCGGUUCGGGUACUCACUGUUACCGAGUGCCAAGCUCAUCUUUCUUCCCUGACACUCUUGUUCAAGGAUUUCUAGUUGUUUCUGGACAACAAUAUAAUUUUAGCUUUUGGUUAGAAACAAGUAAUGUUCAACUAACCGUUAUGAUAUUGUAUUUUAAUGUGAUCUAA